CGCAAGAAGAGGGGAGCUCGGGCCAGCCUCCAGUUGCUUCUGGCCGCACUGCUCGUCCGACCUCAGCCAAAGUGACGACACACACGGCAUCGCGCCUGACUAACUUGUCUUGACAGCUAUCCGCGUCGACCAAUGAGAAACCCGAAUUUCGGACGACAGCGACAUCUAUAUCCGACACUUUCAGCCUCGCGAUAGCCAUUCUUCAGCCUUUGACUGUUUGUGGGAACCUCCAAGGACGACGGUGGCGACGAUAUAUCGAGGCGCAAACGAUGGCACAUAUGACCAAUCCGCUGGCCACGGCUGACCAGCUCUACAAACGCAAUUCUUUUAGCUCUCUCCCGGCCGACCUGCAGGAUGUCAUCUACUAUGCGACUCAGUGCCUAACUCAGGCCGCCGGCGUGCUGCUCGACCUGCCACAAUCAACAACAGCGCAAGCAAACGUUCUUCUGGCACGGUACUGGCUCGUGGAGUCGCCAAUGGCAGGGGAGUUCAGCGACGUAUCGGCCGCAGCCCUUUACCUAGUCUCCAAGAUGGGACCACUCCCGCGCACGACUCGCGAUAUCUCAAACGUCUACGCCUACCUUCUCUCACCCGCGUCGCCCCUCUUCCGCGGCGAGCCCCCGGACCCUAACAAGCGUCGCCCGGACCCGACGACGUACUAUCAGACGGACGGCGAGUACGCUGCUUUCCAGACGCGGAUGCUAGCGGCUGAGGCGCGGAUUCUGUGGGCCCUGGGGUUCGAUACGGCGGUAGCGCUGCCGCACGCGCUGGCCGUGACGUACCUUCAGGCACUCGACUUCGUGGGGAAACCAAAGGGCGAGAUGGCGGCGCGGGUCAUCGCACACCUGAACACGGCGCUGCUGAGCCCGCAGAUGCUGUAUCUCACACACCAGCCGCAUGCGCUGGCGACGGCAGCGGUGUACAUUGCGGCCCGAGAAGCCGGAGCGAAGAUGCCCGAGGUGGCGUGGUGGGAGGUGUUUGACGUCGAGAGGGAGGAGCUCGGGUUUCUUGUUGUGGGGAUGAGGAGCCUUGAGGGCUGGGUGAGAGGGGUCAAGGAGACAGGCUUGUUGGCCGGUGGGAUGAUUACGAGGAGCGUUAUUGAGAGAGAAGCAAGGAGACGAGCUGGGGAGGCCGACGAGGAAGACGAGCUUAUGGCGUUAAUGGACCAGAAGACGGCAUAAUCGGCAAGGCUACAUGAUAGGUGUUUUGCCCAGUGGCCAAUGGCCAGAAUGACUAGAAGUUUGAUACCCCUUAACAGUACAGCACACACAACAUUGUGUGAGAUGAGUUGUCUGCCCCGUUAUGAGAGAAACAGUACGUAAAGUUGCAUCAGCGGUCAUCUUCACUGGAGUCCUAGGGUAGAGUGCCAGGAUGGCUCGCUUAGACACGCAAUACCUUUGUCGAUG